AAAUGUUCCUUAUUGUAUUAUGUCACAAUGUGCAAACGGUGACCUGCAUCAUGCAGCCACGGACACUGCCUUUCUCGUCACUUUUAUUACCGGUUUAAUGAUACAGUCAGUGCUGAACCGCGCUGUUGUUUAGUGCCUGGGAUUACUUACUUAACAUGGAAAGGCGCCAAAGGUUCAAAGGUUUUCCUCAGAGCUCGUAUAAAUUCCUCUGUGCUUGUCUGAUCAAAUUCACAGAGCGACCAGCCACGUCCAGUCCCUUGGAGGCCCCGACGCAAAGCAUGUCCAGCAGGCAGCGAUGUCCGCAGGCCGAAGGGCUGGAGAGCAUGGCUCCUCUGGUGCGUUCUGCGGAGGAAACCCCUGAUCCCAUCCCCACCAGCGUCAAGGGAACUAUUCCAGCCUGGAUCAAUGGGAGCUUCCUGAGGAAUGGACCUGGGAAGUUUGAAUUUGGGACAGACAGUUACACCCACUGGUUUGAUGGCAUGGCCCUGAUGCACCGGUUCCACAUCUGCGAGGGAAAUGUCACCUACAGUAGUCGAUUCCUGCGCAGUGACUCAUACGUCUUCAACUCGGAGAAGAACCGCAUAGUGGUGUCAGAGUUCGGGACGUUAGCCAUGCCCGAUCCCUGCAAGAACAUCUUUGCACGCUUCUUUUCGCGCUUUCAGAUUCCCAAGGCCACGGAUAACGCCAAUGUGAACUUCGUCAAGUACAAGGGAGACUAUUAUGUCAGCACGGAAACCAACUACAUGAGACGAGUGGAUCCACAGAGCCUGGAGACAAAGGAGAAGGUUGACUGGAGUCAGUACAUUGCUGUCAACGCAGCUUCAGCUCACCCGCAUUAUGACCGUGAGGGAGCCACGUACAACAUGGGCAACUCCUACGGCAAAAGCGGUUUCUUCUACAACAUCAUCCGUGUGCCACCUCCCGAGCAGAAUGCAGCAGCGAAGGACAGUGCAGACCUGAGCGGAGCUGAAGUGAUCUGCUCCAUCCGUGCAGAUGAAGCCAGGAAACCUUCCUAUUAUCACAGCUUUGCCAUGUCGGAGAACUACGUUGUGUUCAUCGAGCAGCCAAUCAAGCUGGACCUGCUGAAGUUCAUGUUGUACAGAAUCCAGGGGAAGAGCUUUCACAAAGUCAUGUCCUGGGAGCCUCAGUAUGACACCAUCUUCCAUUUGGUCAACAGGCACACUGGCAAGGAGAGCGAAGUGAAGUACCGUACAGCACCCAUGUUCACACUGCAUCAGAUCAACGCAUUUGAAGACAACGGAUUCUUGGUUAUGGACAUGUGUUGUGGGGACGAUGGUCAGGUCAUUGGAGAGUUCACACUGGAGAACCUCCAGAGAGGCUCGGGAGAGGAAAUGGACAAGUUUUACAACUCUUUGUGCAGAAACCUUCCAAGGAGAUACGUCCUACCCCUGACUGUGGACGAACAAACUCCUCUGGACCAAAACCUUGUCACUCUGCAUAACUAUAAAGCCACGGCAAAAAAGACAAAACCAGGAGAGGUUUACAUGACCCACGAGGAACUUCAUGACGAUGAGCUGCUGCAAUACGGCGGCCUUGAGUUCCCCCAGAUCAACUAUGCCCAGUACAAUGGCAGACCUUAUCGCUACUUCUACUCUUGUGGCUUUGGGCACGUCUUCAGUGACUCCCUGCUCAAGAUUGAUGUCCACACCAAGGAGCUUAAGGUGUGGCGUUAUCCCGGCCUGUACCCGUCUGAGCCUGUCUUUGUUGCUUCGCCCAAAGCUACCGAGGAAGAUGACGGAGUGGUCCUGUCAGUCAUCAUCACGCCCAGAAAAGAGAAAAGCACUUUCCUCCUUGUGCUGGAUGCCAAGACCUUCACUGAGCUGGGCAGAGCAGAAGUCCCUGUCAAUAUCCCAUGUGGGACCCAUGGUGUGUUUAACGAGAUGGGCUAGAAGUGCUGCUGUUUGCAGCUCUGUGGUAAAUGGCUGAAAUUGAACCAGCAACUUUAUCCACAGAAUAGAAUAUCUGUCUUGAUGUCACUGACUGAAACUGUAAAAGAAAUAAAAAGAAAAAUAAGAGCGGGCAAAAAAA